CAUAUUCAUGCUGUACACACUUCCACAUAUCCCAAACAAUAAAUAAAAUUUAGUAUGUAUACGUAUACAUAUGUUUGUAAACGAUAAGGUGAUUCUACACAGUACAAUUAUAAAUAGGCAUUUCGUUCAUUAUGCUGUAUACAUUCAUAUCACUUCUUUAUACAUGUAAAGGUGAACGUGGUUAAAUAAACUGAAAUUUAAACAAAAAUCUAUCGGAUUUACUUUAUUCAGUUAUCUUUAAACACCAAAUCUAAAAGAGAAACUUAAUUAUGAUUUAUAAUUUGCUUUGUUAAUUGUGAAAAUAAUAAUAUACAGUUGAGAUAACGAGAAAAACUUGAUUUCUCCACAUUUUCACUUGAUAAAAAGUAAACAAACAAAUAAACAAAUGAAAUAGAUGAAAUGUUUUAUUUCCUGUAUAAAUUUAGUUAUUAUUCUACAUUAUUACUACAUUUUAUUUGAAUAAUAAAUAACAUGUUAAAUUCUCAAUAUUGUAUUCAAACAACAUGUUCGGAAUAUUUAAUUUGUGCAUUCAUAAUCAUAUGUUCAAUAUCUCAUGCUCAAUGUCAACAUGAUAGCGUUAACAAUAGUUAUAAUAACAACAAUGAGAUAAAUAGUAGUUUAAACAAAAUCACAGUUGUUGAAUCACCUUCAAAUUUUGAGUUGAUUCGUAUGAAGAAAGAGGCAGAAAAUACACCAGAAGACAAUCAUAUUGAUAUUGAACACAUUGAACGUCAUAGUAUUGAAAGUUUAAGAGAUCAUUUAAAGCUAUUGAGUAAAAUGAAUUAUAAUGAUGGCGAUAAUAAUAAAAAUAAUGUUAAUAUACUACUUAAAUCUUUAUCAAAUUUUGAUGAGAUUAACUAUAAAUUUCAAAGUGGUAAAUCUACAAAUGAAGGUAGUACAACUUUUACAUUUAUUGAAAUGAUUGUUCAACGUACUGUCAAUAAAUACAUGAAUGUUAUACGUACACGAUCUGAUUGGUUGAAACGAUUACUUCAGUUAGUUAAAGAGGAACGUGAUAUUCGUUCAAGGUAUAAUUGUUAUACAGAUGCAUGUAUUUAUAAAAUUCAAUUGUUUACAACACAAUUGAAAGCUCAUCUACUAAGAAAUACAGUUCAUCAUAUGGAACAGAAUCGUGGAGAUGAUGACUUACACUUGAGGAGAAUUCGAAGAUCUGUACCAGAUAAAUCAUCAUCAUCAUUAUUUAAUAUGAAUGAUUCAACUAUUGAAAUAUUGAGCGAUAACCCGGAAAUUCGAAAUUUACUAGUUAUACAAGAAGAAGAAGAUGAUGAUGCCCUACGAUUACCAGAUGAAUUGCACAAAUUAAAUUUAUUGAAACAUCCUGAAGACGAUGAUUUUGUCAACUGGACAAAUAGUAAUGGAAGUCGACAGAAAACGGUGAAUUUCGAGGAUGCUAACAAAAUUGAUGUGGCUAGAUUCAGUCAAGAAUUGAUUGGAGAUGUUUUGUCUAAGCAUACUAAAGGUCAAACAGUUACUUCUUCCACUUUGAAUACAUUUGACUUGACCACUAAUAGUGAUAACAACAAUACAACUGACAGUAUAGAUUCAUCAUCUCUGUCUACUACUAAUCCACAACCGCCUCAAAACACGUUUGGAAAUUCACCCCUAAAUGGAGACUCGAAUUCUUAUUUAGAUAAUCUGGAGCAGAAUGAAGAGACUGACCUUGAAGAUAUUCCAGGUAAAAAUGAUGUGGAAUCUUCUGGAAAUACAACUGAAAAAGACUUUGAUAUUUCCUUGCAUGAAAGUGAUGAUCCACUUGAAAAAGAUCACGUAAAAGAAGAGUCAAUUAGAAGUAAAAAAUUCAUAGAAACAGAGAAUAACCUACCUUUAUCGUCAUCAGAAUCCUUACCGUCUUCAACAUAUGAAGCGAUUGCAUUUACAAAUGAUACACCAGUCUCAUUCACUGAGCCUGUGCCUACAUCGAAUCCAGUGGAUAGUGUACCUAGUGAAUUAUCAGACAAUACAAUUCCACCGCCAACAUUAAACACAGAGGAUAUAAAACAAUCCGAGAUAUAUAGAUAUUCGAUAAAGCCAUCAUUAAAUAUUCGAGCUAUAUCACUUACAAUGGAGGAGACAUUAGCCAUACCAUUUGGGUUAAAUAAAUUUGAUGGACGACCUUAUGAAAAUUGUACUGGCCAGUAUGAGAAUUAUUGUUAUAAUGCUAUAAAAUGCGUGUAUAUCAGUGUAUUAGAAACAGCUGCUUGUUACUGUAGAACUGGUUAUACUGGUGUUCGUUGUGAUAUGUUCAAUCUACCGCAAACACUGGACAUAUUGAAAUCUUUUCGAGAAGAAAGUAUUGAUAUCAAUUCAUUGCAUCAACCAACUGCUUAUAUCUUACACAAUGUAAUUGAAGCUACAGCACGAUACACAGUGAAUGCUGUUUUGGAGGAAAGCUUGUUGUCAACUUGGGAAGAUGAAACACCAUUCUAAUAGCUUGUCACACACAGCCUUUAUACACAUGUAUUUAUGUAUGAAUAAUAAGCAUAGCACAAAUAACUGUAGAUAAUAUUGCCUUGAAUAUUAUUCCUAAUAGAUAUUAUUUCCCUUAUAUACCUCUUAUCUUAUUUGCUAUUUUACUUCCCAUUUUUUAAAACUGACAUCUGUCAAAUACUACAUUGAAAAAUAUUUAAAAAAAACUCAUAAAGAUUUUAAGUAUAACCAAAUUUCUCCUCUUCUCAGAAGCUGAACUAGUUGGUUUUGAAGGGACAAGAUUUCUAACAAAUAUACACAAUCAGUUUUCC